UAUUUAUUUUAUGUUUGUGAUUGAAAGCAAAAAAAUAACUAUUACCUGUGAAUAGGAAAAAUGUAUCAACCCAAUCAAAAUUAUGUACGUAAAUUUGUACCGAAACAACAAUCACAACCACAACUAAAUCAACAAGCACAGAUGCCAUUUAAUCCUUUUUAUAAUCAACAAGAACAAGUGUCGGGACCAGCAUCACCGAUGUCGAAACCGGCAACAGUACCAUCACCAAUGACAUUAUCACAAACACAAAUGACAUCACCUAAUGUGGUAUCCAACGAUUCAACGAUGAUACAACAACAAUUUGAUUUUAUUAAUUUGCGACUAGAACGUUUGGAACAGAUUGUUUCACAGCAACAGAUAAUGAUUAUGUUACAGCAACAACUUCAACCGGAAAUUUUGCAUACAACUACCGAAAAACAAUCGCAACAACAACAGCCACAACAGCAACAACCGCAACAACAACAACAACCUCAACAGCAGCAGCAACAAGUGCCACAACAAUCAUCUAAACUGAAUCAUGUUACAACAAUGGAUAACAGAGAACAAAAUCAAGCUAAAUUAAAUCAAUCAUUAAAUCAUUUAUGUGAAUUAUUUGAAAAAUUUUUCACUCAUCAAUUGGAACAACGCAAAGGACUUCCAUCGCAUACGGUAGUGUCACCUGGAAAUGAAAAUGCUAACCAAAAUAAUGAUGAUAAAAAACAGCCACAACAAUUGCCACAACAACAACCACAACGAAUAUUGACCGGUAAUGAAAAUGUUGUUACUGGUGGUGAAGAUGGUUUGGAUUUAAAGAAAUUCGCCAAACGUGAAACAAAAUCAGCGGAUCGACAAAAACAGAAAAGUAUUAGUCGAAUGCGUAUACAUCCGAAAGAAUCACCACAGCAGGUUAAACUUUAUCAACCACCACGACGAGAUUCAUUAACAAAAAAUAUUGUUGAAAAAGUAAAACGUAUUCCAUCGGAUGCACCAACAGCAUUAAUUGCUCCUACCGAUUAUGAACAUAUUUAUUCAGUCAAGAAUACAAAAGCACGUUAUCAUGAGGAUGAACAGCAUCGAUUAGCACAGAUAAAACAUGAUCACCCGAAUAAAAAAUAAUAUUGUUAAAAUGAAUCUUUAGACGAUAACGAAACAAAAACAAAAAAUAAAAUUUU